AUGCAUUUAAGUAAUAUAAUUUCAGACACAACAUUUGUUUUCAAGGUGAUAGUAAUUAUUUAAAAAACAGAAUUAAAUUUUUUUGUACAGUUUCGAAAAAUGUUUUUAACUGAGAACAUCAUAAUCGAUUUAUUGGGCAUUUUUGUCGCCCUGCUAUUAACUUUUGUAGUAAAUCACAUAUGGACACUUGGAUAUUGGAAAAGAAGAGGAGUUUCUGGUCCAGAAGGCAUAUUCCUCUUUGGAAGCAUGAAGGACUUUUUUUUAUCCAAAAAAACAAUGGCAGAUUUUCUCAAGGACUUAUAUAAUGAAUAUAAAUCUAAAGGUGAACGCUAUAUUGGAUGUUAUUUAUCCGGUCGACCAAUUUUCGUUCCCAUUGAUUUAGAUGUGAUCAAAGAAGUGUUGGUAACACAUGAUAAUUUUGAUAGUCACGGUUUCUAUUAUAAUGAAAACCAACCGUUAACAAUUAAUGUGUUUACUUUAGCAGGCACUAGGUGGAAAGAAGUUCGCACUAAACUUACGCCAUCUUUUACACCCGGUAAAAUAAAAAUGGCCUAUAAUUCUCUUUUAGAUUGCAAAUUGGAUUUAAAAGUCCUUCUUGAUAAAGCUUCCAAAAAUAAUCCCGUUAAUAUCAAGGAUAUAUUGGUACGUUUUACAAUUGAUGUUAUUGGGUCUUCUGCAUUUGGGCUAGACAUUGGCAGUAUGAAAGAUUCUGACGAGCCUUCUGAUUUCGUAAUAAAUGGUAACAAAGUAAUCGAGCCUUCAAUUGAAAAUUCAGUACGAUUUAUUAUUCCUUUUAUCGUAAAUCAUAAUAUUUUAAGAGCAUUUAAUUUUACUGCUUUCAACCAACACAUUAACGAUUUUUACGUCAAUACUACGUUGUCAACGAUCAAAUAUAGAGAAGAAAAUAAUAUUGUAAGAAACGAUUUUAUGAAUCUACUGAUUCAAAUGAAAAAUAGUAAAAAUGAACACGAAAGGUUGUCAAUUUCUGAAAUAGUAGGCCAAUCUUUUGUAUUUUAUAUAGCGGGAUUUGAAACUUCCUCCACUUCAACAAAUUUCGCAAUUUUUGAACUUUCACAGCAUCAAGAUAUUCAAGAUAAACUUCGUCAGGAAAUAAAUCUAGUAAUGAAUAAAUACGAGAAUCAACUUACUUAUGAAGCUGUACAAGAAAUGGUUUACCUGGACCAGGUUGUUUAUGAAUCAUUACGAAUGCAUCCACCAUCACCAUUUUUGAUGAGACAAUGUAACAAAGACUACAAAGUGACUGGAACAGAUUUAACAAUUCAGAAGGGAACGUUGGUGUUCAUUCCUUCUUACGCAAUCCAGUACGACCCUGAGUAUUAUCCAAAUCCGUAUAAAUUUGAACCAGAGAGAUUUAAUGCGGAAAAUAAGAAGGCAAUUCCAUCUUAUUCAUGGUUACCUUUUGGAGAGGGACCCAGAAUUUGUUUAGGCAUGCGAUUUGGAAUUCAACAAAUGAAAAUCGCUCUGAUAACACUUAUACAACAUUUCAAAUUUUCCUUAAACAAACGGACAACAUUACCACUAAAAAUGAGUAGAUUACCAUUUUUAAUGAAAACCGAACAUGGAAUUUAUAUAGAUUUAGAGGUAAUAAAUAGUGAAGAUCAAACAAGGGAACAUAAAAAUAAAAAUGAGUAGGUAAUAUAAUAACUAAUUCUAAUAAUUGCAAGUCAAACUUCAUUCUUUUGACUACCUACUUAUUGAACGUAACCAUAUUUUUGUUAUUUA